CUCUCUAUGGGAGUGAGGGAUUUCAAUGGAGUUUCGAAGGGAGGUAAGUGCUGGUUUGCUGUUGAAUCUAAGACAUUCGUCAUCUCCAUUGAAGAGGUCAGAGGAAAGCUGAGAGGAACUAUCUGGGAAAGGAGUAAAGGUCUCUCCUCUUGGAUAAGAUUUGGAGAAAAAGGUUUAAGUCUUCUGUUGGAAAGUGUGGAAGCUUGGUGUAGAGGAGAAUCUAGCUCGAAGCUUUCAAAAGUCUGGGAUGAAGGAGCAAGAAAAUUCAGACUAGAAUGCCGCUCAAAUGUGGCUGGGAGAUUUUUGCUCUGCUCGGUCAGAGAUGUGGAAAGGAAAAAGUUCUGCCUAGUUUUUCCUGAGGGAAAUGGCUUAGUAGGGGGUUGGGUCUUGCUGGCCAAGAAUUUGAGGGCUCUUGGGGUCUCUUCCACAGAAGUGAGGAAUAGCCACCAGUGUGUGUCAUCCAUGGGUAAGGUGGAGAGCAAGGUCAUUUCUUCAGAGAGUGAGCCAGGGUCGUAUGCAGAUGUAGUUAAAGGGAAGAAAGGUGAGUCAGUGGAUUCUAUGAGGGUGUAUCUAGGGGAAAAGGAAAUGACAUGUAGGGAGGAACAGCUUGGGCGUUGCCUGGUGGGUUGUUUCGGUGGGAGUCCUGAGUCUAUCCCGUCAUUGCCUUCUUUGAAGAGAUGGGUGUAUGAGAAUUGGUUAUUGAAAGGGGAGUUAAGUUUAUCCAGGUUGGGUGGAGCUCUGGUAUUGUUUGAGUUUCAAAACAAACGGGAGGCUGAUAUGGUGCUUCUUAAAGGGAGCAGACGUUUUAAGGAUAGAGAAUUUCUUUUGCAAAGGUGGGGACCGGAAGUGGGGUGCACUUGGAAAGAGAGUCAUAAUAAGGAAAUUUGGGUAAGAGUUGUAGGACUUCCUCUUCAUCUUUGGAGCAGGGAGGUUUUCAAGCGGAUUGGAGAUUGUUGUGGGGGGUUUGUAGCUGUGGAUGAGGAAACGGCCCUCUUUUCUCAGCUGCAGUGGGCUCGGAUUUUAGUCAAAAAUUCGGGAAAGAAAUGGCCAGGGUCGAUGCAGGUGGAGGCUGGUAACUCCAGGUGGGAGCUAUGCUUGUGGUGGGAAGCCAUGCCGAGGGUGAUGCAAGAGGAGUCAUGCUCUUGGAUGCAGAUGAGAAGUGAGCGGGAGGUCAGGGAUGAAGGUGGGGGAGCCUCACGCGCUGAAUCUAGAGUACGGGAGCCUCAAACUGAUUUUCAAAAAAGGGGGGCUGAAGAGAAAGUGGCGUGUGGCAGUGUAUGUAGAAAGGCUGACAGCGCAGAGGGGAGGCAGGUGGUUAUCCCUGCAGUGGGCUGCUCAGGGAGUGGGCCUGGGCCCAAGGCUGGCAGUGGGGCUUUUUUAAAAAGUGCUGAUGGGCUGCUUCUAAAUGAAGACGCGGGUUGGGCCAGGAGCCCGUCUUCCCUUCGCCCUAAGUCGUCGGGCUGGACUAAGGGGCCUGAGGUGCUUUCUGGGCUUUUUAAGCCUGAGGCCCAUUUGGACCUCUUAAGGGAGCCCGUCUCUUCUAGGGCUUCCAAAGAGAAUGUCGGGUCUCUAGAGGAGAUGGAGCUGGAGCUUCUGGUCGUGGGCAAUGUCGACGUCAGGGAGCCAUCCUUCGGUCUUCGGAAGCCCACCGAUGACGCGCUUUUGGACGAAGCUACCAGGUACCCCCGUAACCUCAAAAUCCCUAAUUUUUCUUUGGGGUCUGGGGCUUCUUCUUCUUCUCCUCAUAUCUCGGGGCCGGAGGGGUUUGUGUGGGGGAAGGUGGGGAUCAGUGGUGUGGUUGGGGCUGUGGAAGAAUCAAGGAGCAAGGUCUCUCCGCGCGAAGAGUGGCUGGUGGACCUCUCGGUCCACGAAGAUAGGAAUUUGUCUCCGUGUGCGUCGAGGGGUGAGAUAAGUGGGCCCGAACUAGCUAUUGUUCCUUUUGGAGGGGUUUUAGAAAGCCCUUUAGCGGGGACGAUGGCCCUUCAGGUGGAAGUGGGGGACGGAGAGGAAGAAUGGAGCUCCAGUUGCCUCGCGAAAUUCAGUCACUGCUUGGGAAUGCCGACAGUUGGGUUCGAGGAGGAAAUCCUAUACCUGUUGAGGAGAAUGAGGGGGAGAAUUGAAAAGAAAAAUCAGGACAGGGAGAAUAAAAGGACAAAGUCUUCGGGUUUCAAAGUCCAGCAGGGAAUUAAAGAAGUUGGAAUGGGGGCAGCUGGAGGUGUUCUGGUAUUUUGGGACAACAGAGUGGUUGAUUUGCUGGAAGUGGAAGAAGGUUUGUUUUCAGUGUCAUGUCUGUUCAAGAAUUGUAUGGAUGGGAGGAGGUGGGUGUUUACCGGAGUUUAUGGGCCGGUGUGUAGAAGGGAUAGAGAGGUUUUUUGGGAGGAGCUUGGGUCAAUAAAAGGGUUAUGGAGUGAUCCUUGGUGUGUGGGGGGAGACUUUAACAUGAUCAGAUACCCGGAAGAACGCAGUAGGGGGGGCGAGAUAUCUGCAUCAAUGAGGAGAUUUAAUGAAGUGGUAGAGGAUUCGGAGUUAAGGGAUUACCCCUUACAGGGGGGUCUCUUCACUUGGCGAGGGGGUUUAAACAAUCAGUCCCAAUCUAGGCUCGACAGGUUCUUAGUUACAGAUGAGUGGGACAGAAUGUUCAAUGGAGCCAUGCAGGGGAUCCUUGCUAGACCAGUCUUUGAUCAUUUUCCUAUCGUUCUUGAAGGAGGAAGUCUGAAGAGGGGCCCGUCACCAUUCAGAUUUGAGAAUAUGUGGUUGGAGGAUAGGGGGUUCAUGGAUCAGAUGAAGAGGUGGUGGGACAGUUUAACUUUUACUGGGUCUUGUAGCUUUGUCCUGGAUGCAAAAUUAAGAGCCUUAAAAGGGCUUUUAAAGACUUGGAAUAAAGAAGUUUUUGGGGAAAUUGAGACUAAGAAGAGAGAAGCUCUUAGCCAGGUGGUGUACUGGGAUGCAGUGGAGAAUCAUUCAACUCUGAGUCUAGAGGAUUGUGAAGCAAGGAAGGAGGCUAAGGAAUUUAUAAAACAUGGGUGUUGA